AUGGAGAAACACGACCAGCCCGUUGACGAAAAGGACGAAGAUCUAAUCAAACAAGGGAUCUUGAAAGCCGAUACCGAAUCCAUCGUCUCCUCCGCUCCAUCCCGCAGCGAACAAGUCGAGGAAGACGCCAAGGUGCCUAUUGAUGACACCACAUUUUCUCCCACGCGCACCUUCUACAUCCUCAGACACAAUCUCUUCUCUACUGAAAUCAACCUCAUCGAUAUCAGCUCUGAAAUUGCCGUGAACUCGCCCUACAGUGGCGGCGAAAUCAGUAACGAGCUGCGUGAUGCUGCGCGCGAGUUAAGCAAAGAUGAAAUGCGAACGUCCAACCCAGCGUACCGGCUCAAGCGUCCGCAUUGGUGGAAUUCGACGUGUAAGAUGAGUGGAAUUGCGGCGGAAGAACUGGAACUGGCAUCAUGGAAGCAUCCGAGCAUGUCGUUCGGAAAAGCGUCCAUUACCUUCCCGCAAAACUCGACCCACAGCUCCCACAAUUUCAUCAUGGCACCGGUGAAAUGGUAUCGUCGCACAAACGAGUGGGUACAAGAUAGCGUGACCUACUCCUGGCGCUGCAAUAGCAAAUAUAAAGCCAAUCGCAUGACGCUGUACAAGAAGAUUGGAGGAAAGAAUAUAGUUGUUGCGCGGUAUGCGCAGCGAUGGGGUAGUUGGGUUACUGGGGGAGUUUUGUUGGUGGAUGCAGUGGAGGUGGAUGAGGUUGUGGCAGGGUUGACGGCUUGUGUUAUGCUGAGGAGAAUGCAGCAGAGGGCGGCUGAGAGGAUGAAGAGUGCGGGUGUGGGAGGGGGUGGGGGUGGGGGUGGGGGAGAUUGA